CCUUUGUCUUCCCUGCAGGAAGACACCUACGAAACCAACACCUUAUAUCGUACGCUUCUCAAGUAAAAAUGAGUGUAAGAAUCGCCCUGAUUCCGGAAUAAUGGACCUGAACAAGUUUAUGGAGUAUGGUCGCUUCAAGGAGGGGAAGGAGCCUGAGUAUCCUUCUAUCUUUGAGAUCUUUCCGUGCCAACCGAUUCCAGAUCCUGCUACUCGCAUCAAGAAGGAAAAGCAGAAAAUGGAAGAUAUGUGGAAGGACGUCUGUGCAGAGGGCCAUGUUGCUGGACGUAUCAGUGAGAGAAAUGUGUCCGAAGAAACACCACCGACUGAGGUCCACGACAGAAAGCUGACUGUAAAGCGUCGCAAUCUCCGCAAGCGGAAAGUGCACGAGUGCCCCGCUGAGGUCCUCGUUAUUGGGCGCUUCAAGGUGAAUAAGGUCGAAGAAGAAAAUCCACCGUUUAAGUUUCAAGACAGCGAUCUGACUACACAAAGUGAGAUUUGCUCCAAGGAACGAGGGAUGAUACUGGUCCAUGCGCCGCAAGAAGGGUUCGCCGAGGUGGAUGGUACCAAGAUUGAACAAGUCCGUGAAGAGUUGGAGGAAGGUGCAGUCGAGAGUCUCGUGGACGCUGUCAAAGUGGACCAAGCCAGUGAAGAGUUAGAGGAGGGUGCAGCUGGCAGUGCCAUGGAUGCUCCCAAGAUGUACCGAAGAAGUGAGGAUGUGAAGGAGGAAGCAGCUGAGAGUCUCGUCGGUGCUGCUAAGAUGGACCAAGCCUCUGAAGAUUUGGGAGAUGGUGCAGCUCACAGUCUCAUAGAUGAUGACAGGAUGGACCAUGGCCAUGAAGAUGUGGAGGAGGAAGCAGAUGAGAGUCUCAUUUGUGCUGCCAAGAUGGAACAAGUGUGUGAAGAUUUGGAAGAGGGUGUAGCUGACUGUGUCACAGGUGAUGACAGGAUGGACCAAACCCAUGAAGAAUUAGAGGAGGGGGCAACCGAGAGUCAAAUGGAUGCUGCCAAGAUGCAGUUAGCCCAUGAAGAAGUGGAAGAGGAGGUAGCUGAGAGUCUCAGCAGCGAUCCUUCACGUGCGAUGUUCACGCACUGAAAAAAA